CCAGAGUUCAAAUAUUGAGAACUCCUUUCAAAAGAAACUUUUGGUGUAGUCAUCCAUCUAGAGUCCUAGUAAAAGUGAUAACGGGAGACCAAAAUUAUCGCAUCAUUCCAAUUUGUUCUUUUUCAAUGUGGGAUAUUUUAUCCAUACAAAAUUUUUAGCCGACUCUCAAACCACGUGAAUAUCCUACUGAAAAAACACCCCUUGUUUUCUUUUUUGCUUCACAAUUCCCGAUAGAAUCCGCACCCUCAUGGGAUGCCAUUAAGCAACUGCCAUCACUCUCCCUGUUUCAAUGAACAAUCCCCUCCUCUAAUCUUUUUUUUUUUUCUCUCUCUCUCUUAACAAAUAACACAGUGCUUGAUUGAUGAUGGGUCUUCCCUAUAAUAUAAGGUCAGUGAUACCCAAGUUUCAACACCCUGUUUUUUGUCAAAAACUUGAAAUUUGAGUGAAAAUCUGAAACCCUGUUAGUUUGCUUAUGUUUCAAGUUUUUUUUUUUUUUAGCCUUUCAAGAUUUCGUUAAAAAUGGUAUAUAGAUAAGGGUGGAACGGAUCUUUUUUUGGCCCACAUGCAGAUUCUGGGUCGGUUUAUUUUUUUGUUGAUUACCUGCUCUGUUCUUGAGUUGCAUAAGAGGGGUUUACAGGUUUUUGUGGCUUUCAUGAUGGAUUGUGCUUCUUGCUUGAAGUUUCUUCUCCCUGGGAAUGAAUUUUUCGGAUUUGGGUUCCUGGUGUUUGGUCGUUUCUCGCAUGUUUUCAAUGUAUUGGGGCUGGUUUUUGUGUUUGGGAUGGGGUUAAAGUUUUUGCAAUUUGCUUUCAGCAACAAGGGUAUAAUGCAAUUUUUGUGUGAUGCUAGAGGGAAAUCAAAUGAUUUGAGAGGUGGGAUUUGUUCCAAACAUGAUCUGAAUGAGGUUUAUGAUCCAAAUAUUACGAAAUCCAUAGACACUUGCAAAGAAAUCCUCAAAAAAGAUACGGAUUUUUAUGCUAAAUAUGGUGUGGAAGAGGGCAUUGAUGAAAAGGAAAAAGAAUAUUGUCCAGAAGAUGAAGAAUUUAAUGUAAUGGCAUUGAGGAAAUUGGUUAAAAUCGAAAGGAGAAGAACAAAAGCUGCUUGUCGAGAGCUCGAGAAGGAGAGGACCGCCGCCUCGUCCGCGGCAGACGAGGCGAUGGCCAUGAUUUUGCGGCUCCAGAACGAAAAGAGUUCGGUUGAAAUCGAUGCUAACCAGUUCAAGAGAAUGGCAGAGCAGAAGCAGGAGUAUGAUCAACAAGUCAUUGAAUCACUGCAAUGGAUUGUUAUGAAACAUGAGUCAGAGUGGAGUUCAUUGGAAAACCAGUUGCAGUUGUGCAAGCAGAAGCUGAAGCUUUAUAUGGAAGAUGAUGAAUUAGACCAAUUUGAACUUGAUGGUGGCCUCGGCCAUUUUCAUGAUGCUUAAGGAGAUGGUAUGGAGAAUACAUUAGUUAGCUCUCUUGAAACUUAAACUUUGGUGUUGUAAGUUGUUGAUUAUAGUUCACAUUUAGGAGCUCAAAUGCUCAUGUUUUCAAGUUUGGAAAAGGGGUUAAAAACACUACAGUGUAGCUAAAUAUGCAAAACCAAUUGCAGUUGUGCAAGCAAAAGUUGAAGCUUUAUAUGAAAGAUGAUGAAUUAGGCCAA